CUCAACCACAUCUGCUAAGCGCCAAUUGUCCGCGACGACAAAAACAUAUUUCCCAUAGACCUCAAAGCCAUCGUCUUUUAUCUCCCGAGCCCCGAGUCAAUUGUCACAGCAAGAUGCAACGUCGUAUGCUCUCCAAGGAGGAUGAGGCCUCAGCAGGCGCGGAAGACAUGGAGGUGCGCCGCGAGGAUCAAGAAAAGAUCAACCGCUUUAGUUCUCUGCACCAGAAAGAGACGGCUAUUGAGGACGAGCUGAAGGCGAAGAUGAAGGAGAAGGAGGACCUAGAAGAGAUAUCGGGCGAGCUAGAGCUGGUGGACGAGGAGGAGAAGGUGCCUUACAAGAUUGGCGACUGCUUCGUCUCAUUACCACAGCCCGAAGUCCUCGAGCUGCUCCAGUCGUCUACAGAAGCAAUCGACGGCGACGUCGAUGCCUUGAAGGAGCGCCUCGACACCAUCCAUGACGAGAUGGCAGAGCUUAAAAAGGCGCUCUAUGGCAGAUUCGGAAGAAGUAUCAAUCUCGAGACGUAAAGCCACCAACAGCGUUCCGGAGUUGGAUAAUGGUUUCCGGUUAGGCGCAGGCGACGAAUGUGCCAUAAAUAUUACAGCCUGAAAAAAUUAUUCACUCAAUUCAUCAGCAUC